UUUUACGGACACUGUCCUGUAUAAAAACUCCCCUCUGCUCUUCUUCCUCAUCCGCUGCCAUUUUGCUUCAUUCUCGCAAGAAAUCGCUCUCGUUUUCUUCGACUCGAAGCUCCUUCCUCACUUCGUUAAGCUUCUUAGGAAAUGGCAGACACUGAGGAUAUCCAGCCCCUUGUCUGUGACAAUGGUACCGGAAUGGUUAAGGCUGGAUUUGCUGGCGAUGAUGCACCUAGAGCAGUAUUCCCUAGCAUUGUAGGCAGACCUCGCCAUACCGGAGUCAUGGUUGGGAUGGGGCAGAAGGAUGCUUAUGUGGGCGAUGAAGCCCAGUCCAAGAGAGGUAUCCUCACCUUAAAGUAUCCAAUUGAGCACGGUAUUGUCAGCAACUGGGAUGAUAUGGAAAAGAUCUGGCAUCACACCUUCUACAAUGAGCUCCGUGUUGCCCCCGAGGAGCACCCUGUUCUUCUCACUGAGGCUCCACUCAACCCCAAGGCCAACAGAGAGAAAAUGACUCAGAUAAUGUUUGAAACCUUCAAUGUUCCCGCCAUGUAUGUUGCCAUCCAGGCCGUCCUCUCUCUUUACGCUAGUGGUCGUACCACAGGUAUUGUGCUGGACUCUGGUGAUGGUGUCAGCCACACUGUCCCAAUCUACGAAGGAUACGCCCUUCCUCAUGCCAUCCUUCGUCUGGAUCUCGCUGGUCGUGAUCUCACUGAUUCCUUGAUGAAGAUCCUCACUGAGAGAGGUUACAUGUUCACUACCACAGCAGAGCGGGAAAUUGUAAGAGACAUCAAGGAGAAGCUCGCUUAUGUUGCUCUAGAUUAUGAGCAGGAACUUGAGACUGCCAAGAGCAGUUCCUCUGUGGAGAAGAACUACGAGCUUCCUGAUGGUCAGGUGAUCACGAUUGGAGCUGAGAGGUUCAGGUGCCCUGAGGUCCUCUUCCAGCCAUCAUUCAUUGGUAUGGAAGCUGCGGGUAUUCACGAGACAACCUAUAACUCCAUCAUGAAGUGUGAUGUGGAUAUCAGGAAGGACUUGUAUGGUAACAUUGUGCUCAGUGGAGGGUCGACCAUGUUCCCUGGUAUUGCUGACCGUAUGAGCAAGGAAAUCACAGCGCUUGCACCUAGCAGCAUGAAGAUCAAGGUUGUUGCACCUCCUGAGAGGAAGUACAGUGUCUGGAUUGGAGGCUCCAUCCUUGCUUCCCUCAGCACCUUCCAGCAGAUGUGGAUAUCCAAGGCAGAGUACGAUGAAUCUGGUCCUUCAAUCGUUCACCGCAAGUGCUUCUAAGUUUUUCAAUCAUGGCGACGAGUCGUAUCUAGCUGUCUUGAGGUGGUUUUUGAGCUUGUUUAAUUGAGAUUGUUGUGGAGUUUGUUUGAGUUGUAUUUGUACUCUAUGAUCCUUUGGUAUGCGUAGACUCUAAAAGGGAUUUGAGGGCUGGUAUUUUGCCUUCAAAUCCUUUGUUUCAAUUAGGCUUGUCAAGUUUGGUAGUGUUUUAGUAGAGAGCUUGUUUCUUUUCCUUCGCUAUGAGCAGUUGUGAUGUUUGUAUUCUUGAAUCAAAUUCUUGUUGAUAUAUAAUAACACUAUUAUCUGCCAGUUCUGAUUUCA